AGCACAAUUCCCCCUAGCAGCACCAGUCUAGUGUCUACUGUCUACCACAUCCUCUCCCGCCAUAAGGAAAACGACGGCGUACCCGUGACGCUCCCCUGGCUUUAUCAGGCCACCAUCCAAUCCAUCUCCUCCAUUUCUCGUCCCAGAAUUCUUGUCUGGUAAUUAAGUUUAGCAUUCUGCCAAUCCUUCCUUUCUCCAGUUGAUUUCCAGCUUGCUAGCUGCUAAACGAACAGAAGAAGAAACCAACAAGCUCUUGCCUUUCUCACGGACCCAUAAUCCCCUUUUGCUUCCUCUCCCCAAAUUCCUUCUGUACAGAUAAAUAAUAAGAAAAGACGCCAUUCUGUUCAAGGGCCCCAUUGCUCUUCGUCCUCUGGACUUCCCAAGGCUGUUUUUUUUCCCCUCAUCUGGGUACUGAGGAUUUGUGAAAAAGUUUGCGCCUUUGCCUCAGCUUCGAUGCUUUCAUAGCUUUCCGCGACCUAUAUUAUACGGGUUGAGAGCUUCCACCCUUUCUGGGUUCUUUGUCAAAUCAGAAAAUAUGGUGCUGGGUAAUGCUAAAGCAAGAGCCUUUACCUUGUUCUUCCUGUUCUUGUUUACAUCUUGCUCCGAGGGCAAAGAGUGUACUAACACUCCAACGCAGCUUUCUUCCCACACGUUCCGAUAUGGACUUUUGUCGUCAGAUAACGACACGUGGAAGUCGGAGAUGUUUGCCCAUUACCACGACGAUGAUCACUUGAUACCCACUGAUGAUUCGGCCUGGGCCAGUUUGCUUCCGAGGAAGGUUUUGAGGGAGGAGGAAGAGUUCAAUUGGGCGAUGGAGUACAGGAAAAUGAAGAAGAAUGUUCAGUCUUCUUCGGCUGGGAGAUUCCUGAAGGAAGUAUCCUUGCAUAAUGUGAGGCUGGAUCCUAGUUCCUUGUACGGGAGGGCUCAACAGACGAAUUUGGAGUACUUGUUGAUGCUGGAUGUUGACAAUUUGGUUUGGAGCUUCAGGAAGAAUGCUGGUUUUGCCACUCCUGGGACUCCUUAUGGUGGUUGGGAAGCUGCUGAUGUGGAGCUCAGAGGCCAUUUUGUUGGGCACUACAUGAGUGCUGCUGCGAUGAUGUAUGCCAGUACGCACAAUGAAACUCUCAAAGAGAAAAUGUCGGCAGUCGUGUCAGCUCUAUCUAAAUGUCAAGACAAAAUCGGUUCAGGAUACUUAUCUGCUUUCCCCUCGGAGUUCUUCGAUCGAUUUGAGGCUGUGCAGCCUGUUUGGGCUCCUUAUUACACCAUUCACAAGAUCAUGGCAGGUCUUUUUGAUCAGUACAUGUUUGCCAACAAUGCUCAAGCUCUCAAGAUGGUAACAUGGAUGGCUGAUUACUUCUAUGGCCGUGUCCAGAAUGUUAUAACCAAGUAUACAAUUGAGAGACAUUUUCGGUCUCUGAAUGAAGAAACUGGAGGGAUGAAUGAUAUCCUCUACAAAUUGUACAGCGUAACGGGAAAUCCCAAGCAUUUGUUGCUGGCUCACCUUUUUGACAAGCCAUGCUUCCUUGGCCUGCUUGCAAUCCAGGCUGAUGACAUAUCUGGUUUUCAUGCAAAUACUCAUAUCCCAAUAGUUAUCGGAGCACAAAUGCGCUACGAACUCACUGGUGAUACACUUUAUAAGGUGAUCAAUUGCUUGUUCGGUUGUCCCAUAUGAUUCUCACUGAGCAAUGUAGCAUAUUGGUGAUGCAUUGGAUGGCAUUGAACAAAUGUUGUAGUUGUAGCUUCUUAUGAGAAUGAUCCUUCAAACAACUUUUCAGUACAUGAUGAAACUGCGAAUGUUUAAGUAUUUGAUUGAAUUGCUUGGUGUUUGUUUGAUGGUUUUUUUUCCUUCUUUCAAUCUGAUUCGAUGUGCCAGGAAAUUGGGACAUACUUCAUGGAGAUUGUCAACUCUUCUCACAGCUAUGCAACUGGAGGGACAUCAGUGGGUGAAUUCUGGUCUGAUCCAAAGAGGUUGGCUGGUACACUGCAGACAGAGAAUGAAGAAUCAUGCACUACUUACAACAUGCUGAAAGUCUCACGUCACCUCUUCAGAUGGACAAAAGAAGUGGCGUAUGCAGACUACUACGAGCGUGCCAUUACCAACGGUGUCCUGGGGAUCCAGAGAGGAACAGAACCUGGAGUGAUGAUCUACAUGCUACCACAGGGUCCUGGAAGCUCUAAGGGUAGAAGCUACCAUGGAUGGGGAACACCGUUUCAGUCCUUCUGGUGUUGUUAUGGAACAGGAGUGGAGUCCUUCUCUAAGCUGGGGGAUUCGAUAUACUUUGAAGAGGAAGGAAAUGCACCAGGACUUUACAUCAUCCAAUACAUAUCAAGCACCUUCGACUGGGAAUCUGGACAGAUCUUUCUCAGUCAGAAGGUGGAUCCUGUUGUCUCGUGGCAGCCUUUUCUGCGAGUGGCAUUGACAGUUUCUCCGAAAGAGGGGUCUGGUAAGUCAUCUACUUUGAAUCUGCGGAUACCAAAUUGGACAAAUGCAAAUGGUGCUGAGGCGGCUUUAAAUGCUGGAAGUUUGCCUCUACCUGCUCCAGGAAAUUUCCUGUCCGUGACAAGAAAUUGGAGCAGCAGUGACAAAUUGACACUAAAGCUGCCUAUGAGUUUGAGAACUGAAGCUAUCAAUGAUGACAGGUCUGAGUAUGCUUCCAUAAUGGCAAUCCUCUAUGGCCCAUACCUACUUGCUGGCUACAGCAAUGGUGACUGGAACCUCAAACUCGGAUCGAGCCUUCCUGAAUCCAUCACUCCAGUUCCUUCUACACACAAUUCCCACCUCCUCACCCUCUCCCAAGAAUCUGGAGGUUCCACAUUCGUCGUGACGAACACAAACGAAUCCUCGGUCACAAUGGAGAAGCUCUCCAACCCUGGCACCGAUGCUUCGGUCCACUCCACAUUCAGACUCGUCUCAAGGAACAACAACAACAGCCACAAGCUAUCAACAUCACUUGAAGAUCUCAUUGGUGAACAAGUCAUGUUGGAGCCAUUCCACCUCCCAGGGAUGGUGCUAAUGCAGCAAGGAAAAGAUGAAGUGAUGAUGGUCAGAAACUCAGUUCCUUCAGAUGGGUCGUCUGAAUUCCUCGUCGUAUCAGGACUGGAUGGGAAGGAAGGAAGCGUGUCUCUCGAGUCUGUUAGUCAGAAGGGCUGCUUUGUGUUCAGUGGCUUGGAUUACAAGCCAGGAGCAAAGGUAAAGCUCAGCUGCAGGACUAGCUCAGGCGCUGGUGGUGAUGAUGAAUUCGAUGAAGGAGCAAGCUUUUCAGCGAAUCGAGGGCUGUCACAGUACCACCCCAUUAGCUUUGUUGCUAAGGGGGAGAACAGAGGUUUCAUUCUUUCACCACUGCUGAGCUUUAGGGAUGAAUCAUACACUGUCUACUUUCACUUCCGCAGUUGAGAAAAACGAUGGUUGCAUACAUUUUGGAAGGUAGUUGUUAGUUUUUGCGUAUGAAGCAAGCAAUAACAAAACAGAGUGGGAAAGGAGCAUAUUUCCAAAAUGAUUAGUGAAACAAUGUAUUGCAUAUUAAAUUAAAAUUAUCAUAGAAUUAUUCAACUAUAAAUAUGCAUUACAAAAAUGUUAUCUAUCAGUGUAUACAUACAAAAACACCUCUCUGUAAACAUACCAAGCUGUACCAAAAAGAAAGUUUUCAUUACAUAAAUCACACCCAAUUGUUAGAGAUGGAGAACUCAUGAAACCUGAAAGAGAGUUCACCGGCGGUGUCUCUCUCAAGCUUGAUUUCCGGCCCUACAACACUACCAUCACCAUCAUUACUAGGAACCACCUGAGACGAUCGAGGCAGAGGAAGCGGGAGCACUUGGUUCUCGUUCGAAUGUCGAGCAGGAGGGGGCGACUGCACGACAUCUGUUCGAACAGGGACAGGAUCAGACCGCCGCGGCGGGAUCCCAACAGGCCUACCACCAUACCUUGCACUUCCAGGACCCAUACCGGCCAACGCCUUGUCCCACAGGAAGUAAUGUAUCACGAUGGGAACCUUGGCGUGGCGAUGAAGGGAGAGCUUCUGGCUCAACGAGACGGUGUCGUAGCAUCGAAUCGCUCCCGUGGAGGAAACCAUCCAAGGGAGCACCUUCUGGUUGGAAACCCUGGAGACAACGAGCAACUUGGAUGAGGAGGUUGCUUGCUUGUAGAGAUUGUUGAGCCCUGACCUCGUCGAGGCUGCAUUUUCAUCCCCGUCGUCGAUCACCGAGGAAAUGUAGAUGAACCCUUCUUCGGUUCGACUUAUGGCGAACCCGAGCCUGGAAUCGUCUUCCCUGAUCUUGAUCUCGAUGGAGAACUCUCCGCACAACGGAGCGUACCACAGCCGAACGGCUCUCACCACGCCUAUGUCCACGCCGUGGUAGUCCUCGAAGCCGUACAAGCUCGCAUUCGCGAGGUUGGAUAGGUCGGAGAGCGAGCCUGCACUCACUGUUGAAGAGGCUGUCUCACCAGAUAUCUUGGUGAGGAGGGACUCUGUCUGAAUGUUCAUGAAGACAAUGGGGACGCCAGAAGCCUGCGAGGCAAAGAGCCACGCAUUUGCUCUGGCAAGGGUGUGCUCGAUGUCGUUGUAACCCGAAGCAGCUCGAUCCGAAGCUUCGGGGAGGAAGAGUAUGGAAAGGAAACAGCUCGAAUUCGGAACCUUCAGAACCUCCUGCAUCUUCCUCCUCCAUGGAUAAGAUACGUAUCCAUCCUGUAGCUUGGAGCUCGACAGUGCGCUCACCAUCCUCGACCCUUUUGAACCUUCAUUUCAUAGCACUCGGACUCGGUUCGGUCGCAGAACCCGGCGGUGUAAUUCGGGUCGUCGAUGGACCUCAAUAUGUACUGCUUCUUCCCGCCGGAAUCGGGAACAAUACACGCCUGGAGCUCCGAGACCUCGCUCCCGCCCCGCCGCCUGACCCGGACCAGAAUCGAGGUCUCCUUCCGCUUGAACGACGCGUGAAGAAUCUUCUGGACCCCGCUCUUCCCGUUCUUGAACGGAGCCCGGUACGACUGCCCGCCGGCGCCGCCGCGCGACGACGACCCGGGAUCGGGAAUCACGAUCUCCUCCACGAUGUCGCCCGUCUGGAGGAGGUCGCCGGUCCACUCGUCGGCCUUGGAGCCGCCCUUGAGGCAGUCGAUUGAGAGGACGAAACCGGAGGAGGAGGAGGAUUUCGGGUCGGGGCUUCCCGGCGACGAAUUGCCCGAUCGGUCCAUGGUCAUUUCCCGGCGGCGAAACUAAAAAAAAAAAUUGUAACUCAGCUCAGAACAUCUGAAACGAGAAUAACCGAAAACCCACUUGGAAUUCAGCUGGGAAAUUGGAAAAGAUUGGGUUUUUGGGUUUCAGAAGGAAUAAAAUGGAACUGAGAGGAGAUCGGAGUUUUGGUUUUCUAGAGAGAGAGAGAGAGUUUUUCGUUGGUGGAAACCGGAAUUGGGUUUGACAGGGGAAUUCCGCCGGUAGAUUUGCAAUGAAGAUUGAGUUUGGGAAUUGGGGGAGAAUAUGUAGGAACGGGGAAUAUGAAUGCUCUGAAUAGGUAGUUCAAGGGUAUCUUUCGUCAGAUUACGAACAAAGAAAAUGAAUCUAAUGAAAGGUUUUAGGAGGUCGUCAGAAUAUACGAGUCAAUAGUCA